UAAGGUUUUGGGAAUACCCAUAUGUUACAUUACUAGUUAUUACAACGGUGAUUUUCAUUAUUUAAAAUAUACAUGAUUGCUAUUUAAUAUAACGAUUUGUAUUAUAAUUCUUAUUGGACUACAUGCAUAGUUUUAAUAUUCUUAAAUAAUCAUAUUGUGUACUGUUGGAUAGUUAAAUUAUUGUGUUGAUGUUUUAAAAUCGAAAGUACAAACAAUCCUGUUGACAAUGGCAACUGGUGGAGAGAACAGCAGCGACAUUGAUGUCGGAUGUGCAACGCUGAGAUCGUGUGAUCCGUGUAAGAAGGAUAACACAACUAAAGAUGCGACACAGUUUUGUACUGAGUGUGUUGAAUUUUUGUGUGAUGAUUGCAAGAGAGGACAUAGUCGUUUCAAAGCUGGGAACCAUUCGUUCAUAUUUGCAGCAGACGUAACUGAUGUACCCGUGGUUGUGGACAUGAAAGACAUUGACAAAUGCGAAGAACAUAAGAAGAAAUUGAAAUUCUUCUGCAAGGACCAUUCAUUUUUAUGCUGCAGUACAUGCGCAUUUAUUCACAGGACGUGUAAAAGCGUUGAAGAGAUUGCAAAGAUUUCUGACAAAAUGAAAGAGAACUUAAAAGAAUUACACGAUUCUCUUGUAAAAGUAGGCGACAAAGAACGGCUUAAAAUUGAAGACUGCACCAAAACAGUUGAUACUCUUGAGGGCAAGGUAACACAAUUUCAGAAAACUAUUGAUAUUAUUAAGGAGGAAACUAUCAAACUCUUCGAGACUGCAAAGUCAAGGAUAACUUACGAAGCUAACACCAUACUUGCGACCGAAUCAGAGCGCUUAGGGGAAAGAAAGAUUUCGUCUGAAAAUACACUUAAGAUAAUAUCUGAAAUACUGCCAUUAUGUCUGGGUGUGAUCAAUAAUGGAACUCCACAGCAGGCAUUUAUUUUCGCAAAAUAUAUUGAACAGAAACUUAAAGAGAUUGAAAAUCAUGACCGUGAGCAGAGGAAGAAGCAUUUCAAGAUGCAGCUGUCUUUAGAGUUUGCCAAAGAAACAGCAUCGCUUAUUAGUAAAGGACCUGCAGUUGUGAUAUUGAAUGACGAGCGACAAAAUAUUAAUACAAAGGGUGGAGGUUACAAUAAUUACAACCAGGGUGGUGGAGGUUACCGCGGUGGUGGUGGCGGAAGCUACAACAACUACCAAGGAGGUGGUUUCAGUGAUCGUGGAGGUUACCAGGGCCGUGGUGGUUACAGUGGCGGGAAUUACCGUGGUGGGUUUCAAAAUCGCGGCGGUGGGAACGACCGCGGUGGUUAUCAGAAUCGUGGCGCAUACAACAGCGGUGGUAAUGGUGGUGCAGGAUUUGAGAGGCGCAAUGAUGGAGGUGGCUUUCAGAAUGCUGGUGGCAGAGGGGGGUACAACGAUCGCGGGGGCAGGGGUGGAUACAAUAAUUAUGGGAAGCGAGGGGGAUUUAAUCAAGGGCCACCUAGGUUUGACCAGCCUUCGCCCAACUUCAUCGCCCCGCCCCCUCAGGCGGGUGGCCGUUGGGAAGGCCUGGUGAGCGAAGGAGACCAGAGGCCGACACGGCACUACCAGUCCGGGCAGAACUACGACGUGAACUCUCGCUGGGACAACCGGUCAGACAAUGACCGCUACAGCGGUACAGAGACCACAAAGGAGAACUGGGCGGCUCCACUGCCAGCUAACCCUAGGAUUGAAGAGGAGCUGUUUGGCAGCAGCAACACUGGUAUCAACUUUGACAAGUAUGAAGACAUCCCCGUGGACGCCACGGGCGAGGAUUGCCCCAAACACAUCGAGACUGUAAGUACCCUCAGAACUUGAGGCUUGUUUGUGCCAAGCUCCUCUUUAACCUUUUUAUUGUCCCCUGACCACACUUGCAUUUACCAAGACCGUCAAGUGAAAGUAAGUCCGUUCUCAUGGUCUUCCUUUAAUCGAAUCUGGUGAUUUGUUAAACUGUUUUCCUUUAGUUAACAUUUUGUACUAUGAAAUGUAUGUGAAUUAGUAUAUUUAUUGUGACAUUCAUUUCAUUAAUAUUUUGUAGUAUCGCUUGUUUUGUUCUGUUUGUAAAAUAUUGUCAGUGUUUUGUUUAGGCUUUUCCUUUAUGACUAUAUUGGUAUGCGUCUCCAAUAAAAUGGAAAUGAUUCGCCAUGGACUAGAUUUACCAUAUGGGGGCCCCACUCCCACACCCAUUACACUAAGUUUGAACCAAUACCUCACUUUAAAACGUGUAUAUAGUCAAUUAUGUAAAUAAAAUCAAAACAAGUAUGAUAUUAUAAUUAAAAUAAAACUUAAAUAUUACCUCUAAAUUCUUGUUUUAGAAUAUUUUAUCUUAUGUUUUAUAUGUAUUUGUAUUUUGCGGAAAUAUAGAAAAAAAUGAAACUCCAGAAACAAUACCAGGAGAAAAAUUCUUAUAAACCUCCAUUAAUUGUUUAUUGCAAGCGCAUGUAAUUUAUGUUAUACAUUUAAAAGGAAUGACCUUUCUUUUCAUAUAAAGUUUACUAUUUGAUAUACAAAUUCCGGCUACUAUGAUAUAAAUUCACAUACAUGGUAUGUGGCAUUUCAUACUGUUAUUGGAAGUUGUGGAUAUCGUCAAUCAAAAAAGUUUAUUGGUUACAUACUAAAAUUUUAUAACAUGACAACUAUUAUUUCUAAUAUAGAAAUCAGCUGAACAAUCUUGUUGUAUAUAUUUAACUCAUGUUUCUACUGCAUAUUAGUUCAAAAGCCAUUUUUAUUAAUUUAAUUCGUAUUUUGUAGAUGUAGCUAUCGUGAUAUCGCGAUAGGAACGAUGUACUGCGGAUGUUAAAGUUUUGUACUUGCAUGUUAUAACAACCCUUCAAAUUCUUGUGUAUUCAUUCAAAUGUUUUUUCAAUAUUGUUUUAAAUGCUUUAGCUAUGCUCUGUUAUGUUUGACAUUAUAUUCAAUAAUAAGCACUAACAAAUGUACACAUAUAACUUGUUGGAUAUUCGUUUAUUGCAGACAUGUGCUGUGUGUUGUACAGCAUAUUCGUUGUUAUUUUAAAGUCAUAGUGUCAGGAAGAUCUUGCUCACCCAUGGGGAAGUAAACAAUCUCAUCACUAUCUCUUACAUUUGUAUCAGCUGACAUAAAUGUUUUAAUGCAAAAGUUCUUCGCAGGGGUGUGUUGAUUAUCAGCCGCAAGUGGUAACAAAUCAUGCCACAACAUUUUAUCAAUAAACGUCUUUAUAGUACACCAGAUUGAGAGUUUUUCUUUUUAAACAGAGAGUUAAUCUAAGCCUUAUCAGUACUGUUAUGUUAAAUGUGGUUAUGCAGAUGUUAUCGGUGACCUUUUAAAUCUCUUGAUCGAUCAAUACUUAAAGAGCCUCGAUUAUAAAGAACAUGUUUAUACAUUUUUCAUUGAUACGAUUUCUCCAAUUUACCGCAUUCUUAACCACGGGGGAAUACUUCGACGCUUAACAUUAUAAAAAUAACACCAUGAACAACCGUACUGUUAUGCACACUUAAACAGUGGAGAAAAGAGGCAAUAUUUGGAUAAUUCUUACACCCAUUGUGUUAGCAUUUUACCUUUAUUUUGUUUCACCCAGUAACGAGGUAAGAGCUUGUAUACUGGAAAACAAAAUUGACCUUUGUCCGUUUGUCGGCUGUCUGUAGACACAAACCUUUACACUGUUCACAUACUCUUAAACUGCUGCAUAUAGGUUUGCUACAUAAAUGAGUUUUGUUAUGGAAAUAUUCUACAAAAACUACUGCGUGUAAAGUUUUCUGUAUGUAAUAUACUCUUUAGAGUGAAAAUAUUACUUUUGUUAAUAUAAAUGAAUUACCAGAAAGAGUAUAUCUUUAUUGGCGAUGACAUGCCAUUACAGAACCACACAAGAGAUGCUUUAUCUUUGUAGACACAAACUUGUUCGCACGCGUAUGUCAUUACCUUUCAACUGAUAACAUAAAAACCUGCAUAGAUUUUCCCUUAUGAUUUGAAAACUACCAAAGUUAAAAGUCUUACUUACUUAGACUUUCUAUAACACCAUGAUUAUUAAUACACUAUAUAAGUGGAUUAGUUUGCCCCUGUAACAAAAUAACGGAGGGUAUUGUUGAAUCACUAUGGGGUCUUUCCAUCUGUAUGUCUGUCCUGUUGGUGUAUCUGUCUGUCUGAGUGUAUGAAUGAAUUAUUCAUAAUUAUACAAACAAUACAUGUCAGACAAAUAUAACUAACUUGAAACUUGCUAAUUUGAUGAAACGCCUAUUUAUAUAAAUAUAUUCAAUGGCGUUGUACAAAACAUAUAUAUGUACAUAAAAUGUAAAAAAAAGAAAGGUAUUGAUAAAAUUAUGCAGCAUUAAUUCAAGGAUUAAUGAUCUUAAAAUGUGUAUUAUAAAAAAUAAUGCUGUAAGGAACUUAAGCAAUACAACAAUACCGGCUUCACUAUUAAAACACAGUAAAGGUAAAAUAUUAUGUAAUAAAUUGAUAUAACUAGAGUUAAGACAAUAAUUAUAAUGAUAAUAUGAGCAAAUAUUUGGCAGCAUAAAGACACUGUUUUUCACUAACUAAAAGUGAAUCGUAAAUAGUGAAAAAAAAAACACAUGCUAAAUAAGUUUAAGAAAUAUAAAAUAUACUUGUACAGGCCUGGUUUGCUGUAAAUAUAUAGUGCUUAUCAACAUAUAUAGACAUUGCUGGCUAUGUUUAUCAAAUGUCCUUACCAACAUAUAUAUUCCGGACUGGCUAUGUUCAUCCAAGGUCCUUAAUCACAUGUUCAUGUUUACGUUUAUCCACGAUACUUUACACAUAUAUACGCUUGGCUGUCUAUGUUUAUUCAGGGUGCUUACCUGCUUUACCUACUUAUAUAUUCCUGGAAGUUUUUCAACGGGUUAGCUAUAGUUCAAUUACCAUCUGAUUGCAAACGAUCUCGGACAAGCAGCGAUGGGUCGGAUAGCACUCUUAAUCCGAAAUGUGAACGAUAUUUAAUACAACCAGUAAAUAAUUUUUGGUUUUGGUAGAUUGUAUAUCACAGGCUGACCAGCGAUUACACUUUCAGCCUUAACUUGAUUCUCGCUAAGAAUAUAAUUCUUUAAACGAAAAAAAUCAUAAAAACCAACGGAACAAGCUUAGCUGAUACAUUUGACUUACACUCAAAUCACACCCCCUUUUCCCGGGCACUGUAUCUUUAAUGUUAAAUUCUCAAUCAAUUGCAUUGCAUCUGUCAGUCGAUGCAUUACUUACAUAGAUUAAAUAUCUUUGCAUUUAUAAUAUUAAUUGAUAUAAGUGAAUACAUAUUUGUCCAAAUAAUGUUGUUAUAGUGCGUGUAUUGUGUUUCUAUGUAUUAAUUGUAUAUUGCAUUGAAUGUAUUGUUUAAAUAGCUCACCGUCAGAUAGUUGUAUCAUUGUUUUAUUAUUAGUAGAAGUAUAU